GGUUUGUUCGAUACACCAAACCGACGAAUCCAAGAGAUCGAAGUUAUAAGAGAUGUUAAAGAGAAGGGGUUGGAUGGCUCGUUGGACCAUCGACCUCCGGGGAAGGAGAGCUGAUGAGCGCUCUAAUUAUACGUCCUUUUCCCCUUAAUUAUACCUGAAUUCUUUUCUUUCCCGUUUCUCGUCUCCACCUAACCUUAUCAUCUUCUCUCUCUCUCUCUCUCUCUCUCUCUCUCUCUCUGUAUAUAUAAAUGAUGCACCCCAUCCAGAAGCAUGUACUCCAGCCUCCUCCUCCUCCUCCGCCCAUAGGAGCCUACCAAGACCAUGGGUCUCCCAACCUCAAUGGCACAAGCGAUUGUGAUUAUUGGGCCAAUACUCACCACCCUCUUCUCCUUCUUAUCAGUGCCCGCUGCCGCUCGUCUGCUCAAUGUUACUUCACCAGAUUUAACAACAACAACAACGACAAGAAGCAGGAACCUAUUAGACAACGGCCUUGCUCGAACUCCCCAGAUGGGUUUCUCCCCUGUUAUAAAUACUAGUAGUUUACAGGGUCGACUAAUUUAUUGGUAUGGGAUUCUUAGAUGGAACAGCUGGAACCAUUUCCAUUGUGGGAUUGACGAGAAAAUGAUUAAAGAAACAGCGGAUGCAAUGGUGGCAACCGGUCUUUCAACCCUUGGUUAUAAAUAUAUUAAUAUAGAUGACUGUUGGGCUGAACUUAAUAGAGAUUCACAGGGAAAUUUGGUUCCUAAUGCCACAACCUUUCCUUCUGGUAUGAAGGCUCUAGCAGAUUAUGUCCAUGGCAAAGGACUCAAUCUUGGAGUCUACUCCGAUGCAGGGACCUAUACUUGCAGUAAGGACAUGCCUGGAUCACUAGGCCAUGAAGAACAAGAUGCAAAAACCUUUGCCUCGUGGGGAGUAGACUACUUGAAAUAUGAUAACUGUUACAAUACUGAUACCAGCCCAAAGGAAAGGUACCCAAAGAUGAGUCAAGCCUUACUGAACUCAGGAAGGUCUAUCUUCUUCUCCUUGUGUGAAUGGGGGCAGGAAGAUCCAGCUACUUGGGCGCCCAGUUAUGGAAAUAGUUGGAGGACAACUGGUGAUAUUGAGGAUAACUGGGCGAGUAUGACAUCUCGAGCAGAUCUAAAUGAUAAGUGGGCACCUUAUGCUGGACCAGGCGGCUGGAAUGAUCCUGACAUGCUUGAAGUGGGAAAUGGUGGCAUGACAACAGAGGAAUACCGUUCACAUUUCAGUAUAUGGGCAUUAGUUAAGGCUCCUCUAUUGAUUGGUUGUGAUAUUCGAGCGAUCGAUAAAAUAACCCUUGAAUUGCUUAGCAAUGAAGAAGUUAUUGCAGUUAAUCAAGAUAAGCUUGGAGUCCAAGGAAAAAAGGCUGAGAAGGAUGGAGAUUUAGAGGUUUGGGCUGGCCCUCUUAGUUUUUACAGGGUAGCAGUUGUACUAUGGAACAGAGGAUCUUCAAAGGCUCAAGUUACUGCUUACUGGUCGGACAUUGGCCUUAAACCAUCAACUGUUGUCACAGCUCGAGAUUUGUGGGAGCAUUCGACGAUGUCAUCUAUUCAGGGCAAACUUUCAGCUGAGAUUGAGUCACAUGCCUGUAAAAUGUAUAUCCUCACACCGCAGUAGCUAGGAAUCCAUGAAGAUUAUGUGUGUGCUAUAGAGAAGCAAAGCUUUGGCAUGCUCAUAGAUGUAUCUAUUCAUGAGCCAAGAAGAUGGUUAUGGACUCUUAUUACAGUUAACAUGUUGACAUAAA